ACCAACUGCAUGUCGCGAAGGAUAGACACAAUUUUCUUCUUUUCCAUGGCCAUCAACUAUUGAUUUAUUGAAUAGUGCCAAUGUCACCAUGUCCUUCCGACUUUACCAUACCGUUGCCACGACGGCUCUUCUAUUAGUUUGUCUAGUAGUCCUAAUGCUACCCAUCCAACCAUGCAAAGCUUUUUCCUCCCAUCACUACUUUCAUCAUCCCAACCUGCAUCAGCCUCAAGCAUUCAGUCGGAUUACUCCCGUCCUUUCCAUGGGGUACACUUCCCCGGAAUCAGAGCCCUCCCCUGCCACCAAAACCAAAAAGGCGGUGCUGCCCAAAGUUGGAGAUAUGGUCCGAUAUUUCGAUAUUGACGGAGGCCAAGACGACGGACAAGUCCUCGUCGGCAAAAUCUCCUUUAUCACCACUGAUCUCGGCAAGGACCAGAGUUGGACUGUCGAAUUGACCGAACUAGAAGACAUUGGAGAUGGGUACUAUGCCGAAUAUCCAUCAAGGAAACGAUUGUCCAAGAAAACCACACGCAACUUGGCCAAUGUCGGUCCCAUCAUGGCCAGUUUUGUCCGAGCGGAAAAUGCCUUUAAAGUGCCACUGAACCAGCAGGGACGCCCCCAAGUACGUCAAGAACAAUACGAUCUCGACGAAUACCAAGGACCCUUUGGCGCCAAUGGAGAAGACAUUAAUCAAGAUGUCCUGGCAGCCGAUGAAGAAAUCUAUUCGGCGCUAAAGGGAACACUACUUCGCAAUGCCGCCAUUGCCGGGGCCAUUGGAACCCUCAUUACCGAUCUACUCAAAGGAACCGAAGAUGCCGUCAUCUAUGCCGCGGGGGCUAUAGCGAGUGUCGCCUAUCUAUUCUUCCUCUCCGUCAAAACCGAUACCCUCGGAAGUCAAGAUGCCAAACUCGGAAAGGGAGUCUCCAAUCUACGAUUCUUAAUGCCCGUAUUGGUCAUUGUCGGAGUGGCAGUUUACAAUCUUUUACGAGGAGAUGCCAAUCCCGUAGCCGGCAGUGACAAUCCCUUUGAUCGCAUCACCAAGGAACAAUAUGCCGCGGCGGUACUCGGAUUUCUCACCUACCGAAUUCCACUCUUUUUGACACAAUUGUUGGAAGGACUCAAGGAUGGUAGCGACGACAACAACAACGAUGUUACAUUGCCAGGAAGUGCCGGAGUGGCAAUGCAACUCGCAGCAGCCGCCCAAAGCGAAUCAUCAUCAUCGUCGGAAAUCUUGACGGGAGAAUCCUUGAUACCCGUCUUGGUCGUGUCGGGGCCGCAGGCGACGGGGCGGUCCGAACUGGUAGAUCAACUACUACGGGAAGACGGUCGCUUUGUUCGCCCCAACCCAAUUGAUCGCGUCGCCGAUGGAGUCACAUUUGAACGACUGCAGAGUCGCGGCGAAAUAUUGGAUUUGGAUAGUUCGGGACGGUAUGGAAUCACCAAGGAAGGAAUUCUCACUGCUGCUGCUGCCGCCGCUCAAGACGAAGCGGUAGUGGUGGUGGAUGCCAACGUCGAGUUGACCAAGAAACUUACCAAAAUGUCCGGCGCCCGAUUGAUUGGUGUCUGGAUAGGAUUGAACAGUGUGGCCGAGUUUGAAUCUCGCAUUGCGGCCAUGAUUGACAAGGGAGAAAUCGCCAUUCCCGAAGAGGAAACCAAGGAGAGUGUCAUUCGAGCGAGGAUUCGGGAAAUUGUACAGGAAAUUGAAUUUGGAAUCUCCAGUGGCAUCUUUGAGUUUACUAUCCUGAAUGAAAACACAGUGGACAGUCUCAAGCAACUCCGAGAGGCAGCAGGCUAUUCAUUCAAAUAGUAAUGCCUAAACAUUCUACUAGCAGCUAUAAACUACAUGCGCCAUACAUGUAAAAAUAUCUGCUCUGGGUGAAGUAGUGCUGGGACUAGCUAG